AUGGCACCCCGGCGCUCGAAACCCGCCGGGAUUCCCCAUCCUGCCGCCGGCCUUAACGCGCCCAUCGUGGAAAUCGCGGGGAACGGCGCCCAGCAGCCGCGGCGGGGCAGGCACAAGUACGGCGCUGCGAGGCGGGGAGCGGAGCGCGGGGCUCUCCCUUCCAGAGGCGGGCGGGACCCGCUCCGCGGCCAGCGAGCCGAGCAGAAGCUCCGCAUGGCGCGGCUGCACAUGGCGCGGCCGCGCUCGGCGGCAAGACCGGGCGGCGCUUGGUUUUUCCUGCCAGCGGAGGCAGGGCCAGGCGCGGCGAGGGUGGGCGCGGAGUUGGCGACAGGGCUGGGGGCAGUCGGCGGCGAGCUGCGGCGGAGUUUGUUGUGUACGCGGGGCGGGAGGUCUCGCUGCGGGAAGCGGAGCGGAGCCAGCCCCCGAGGGGAAAAGCCUGCCCCCGACGAAAGGGCUGCCCGGAGCCGGCCCCCGCCUCGCCGCGCCGCCCGGAGCCGGAGGCUCCCGGAGGGAAAAGUUGCGUGCGGGGUCGGGCCGGGCGUGAUGCCGGGGCGCGGCGCGCUCUGCCUGGGGCUGCUGCUGCCCGUCCUGCUGGGCAGCGGCUCGGCGCAGCCCGGAGGCUGCCCGGCCCUCUGCGAGUGUUCGGAGCCGGCCAGGACGGUGAAGUGCGUGAACAAGAACCUGACGGCGGUGCCCCCCGACCUGCCGCCCUACGUGCGCAGCCUCUUCAUCACCGGCAACCCCCUGACCGACCUGCCGGCCGGCGCCUUCCCCGCCCAGCGCCUGCCCGACCUCGCUUCCCUCAACCUCAGUGGCAACCACCUGCGGACCGUGGAGGCCGGCUCCCUCGCCCUGCCCGCUCUGCGGCAGCUGGACCUCAGCGGGAACGCGCUGGUCUCCUUCAGCCCGCAGGCCUUCGGGGAGGGCGGCAGCCCGCUGGAGGAGCUGGCCCUCCGCGGGGCCCUGCGCGACCACGGCGUCCUGCUCAGCCUGGCCGCCCUGCUGCAGUCGGGGGCCCUGCGCAACCUCAGCCGCCUGGAGCUGGCCGACAACGGGCUGCUGCUGCUGCCCGCCGGCAUGUUCGCUGCCCUGCCGGCCCUGCGGCAGCUGGACCUCAGCAACAACUCCCUGGUGAGCCUGCGAAAUGUCUCUUUCCAGGGACUGGGCCAGCUGCAGAGCCUCAACCUCAGCGAUAACUCCCUGGGUGUGCUGUGGAACAGCACCCUGGCCCAGUUCCGCAGCCUGCCCGCGCUCCGGCACAUCGUCCUGCACCACAACACCUGGGUCUGUGACUGUACCAUCGAGGACCUGGUGGCCUGGCUUAAAGAGAGUGACCAGGUGGAGGGCAAAGAAGCCCUGACCUGUGCCUCCCCUGACAAGAUGCUGGGCAAAGCCCUGCUGAAGAUCAAUGGCUCGGACCUGAACUGCUCCGUGCCCAUAGACCUGCCUUCCCAGCUACAGACUUCAUACGUCUUCCUGGGGAUAGUCUUGGCUCUCAUUGGGGCCAUAUUCCUCCUAGUUUUGUACUUGAACCGAAAAGGAAUCAAAAAGUGGAUGCACAACAUCAGAGAUGCCUGUAGGGAUCACAUGGAGGGCUACCACUACAGAUACGAGAUCAAUGCAGACCCCAGGUUAACAAACCUCAGCUCCAACUCGGAUGUCUGACAAAAUGCCCCGGAUGCAGGGCAGUGCAAAGUACCUAUGCAUGAAGAGUAGACUUAUGCUUUACCCCUGUGCUUGCUUCCAUCUCCCCUGAAAAGUCUCAGACACGCUUGUAACUUGAGGGGGAUAUGCCUCCCUGUGAUGUCAAGUUAAUUUUUGUUUUGAGACACUGGACUGCUGAGCAUGGCGUUCAGCUGUGUGUAGGAAACAAGCUGCUACUUAUUUUCCUCCUUACCUGUCUGCACUUGUGGUAAAUUUUUUCUCAAGAUGUCAAAAGAAAAAAAGGAUUCUUUCUGAUGAUCCAAAGCCACCAGAGUUUAUAAAACGUUUACUGAUGCAGAUGCCAUUCAACAAAAGCUGCCUCAACUUUUUUGGGAAAAAAAAUGUUAUGUUCCUCUGUGCCAGUUUUGAUCUUGUAUAUCUGAAUUGAGAUGCGAUGAUUACGUUUCAUAGACUAUCUUGAGAUUUUAAAAACCAAACAAACUCCUUUUAACAGCUCUUCAGAAGGAAAUCAAAUAGCAAGCAUGCACAAAUACUGUAUAGUUUUACAUGUUAGGAAAUUUAUGAUCUCAGUAAGUCUCUUACUAUUUUGUAGUUAUUUUUGAUUGCAGUUUACGUGACUUGACAGAAUUUUUUAUACCUGCUGCAUCUAAACUCCAUCUAAACUCAGUCUGAACUGUUAAAUUCAAUAAACAGUCUUACAAGAACUGUCGUGUUUCCUGUUCAAUGCGAGAAGUAUGGACAUCUAAGAAUGUGAAUAGCGCUAUAGUCUCUGAAUUAAUAGCCCUGAAGUAGUAAUAUGAAUAAAGGUUUAUACAAAUGUGUAGCUUAGAGCCAUAAAUGUUUGACAACUUUGUGAUGUAUGCUAGGAGAAUUACACUGAGCUUAAUUACACUGAGAAUUAAACGACAGGAGCAGUUUCACUUGGCACAAACCCCUCAGACUGCUCUCUGAAAGCACCUGCAUAAUGUCAAGACAGAUGCUAGGGUCUGCCUUCAUUGGAAGGUACAAGCUAAUAGAAUUUUCAUAAGGUCUUCUCUACCGAAUUAAAAAAAAUGAAAAAACAAAAAUAACCAAAUUAAAUUUUGGAGUACGUAAGCUAAAGAACAUUUUACCUGAAUGGAAUGGCCUAUUACAAGAAACCAUACUUAUGGGUCCUGAACUAAAUUAAAUGCAGCUCAAUCGUGUGGUCAGGAAGCUCUAGGCUUUUGCAUCACUACAGCAUUUAUUAUAUUGCUGUUUCCUUUUUAAGGUCUUGGUACUGGUGAGGUUCUGUAGCGAUCCACAUCCAGUAACUUGAUGGAACUUUACAUUUAUCUUAAUGCAUUUAACAGGUGCACUUCAGUAUGGUAUGUUGCUUGCUACUUGCUUGGGAAUGCAUUUUCUUGUAAAUAGAUAAAGCAUGCAAAAGAACCCUUCAGAAUACCUGAUUUAAGAUGUAACUCUGACCACAUAUAGAAAUGUUAGCAAGAACCUUGCAGUGGCUGCCAAUCAUUAGUGCACUUUUUCUAAUAUAUUUAUGGUUUUUUAAUGAAAAAAAAAUACACCACCUGUAAAAGUGUGAUGUGACUUGAUAUAUAUCAGUUUAUCUGUGGAGCUUUUUCCAUGGUCACUGUUACUUGAAGCUCUUGAGCAUCUCUCAAAUUUUACUAAUUGCUGGCUAAUUCCUUUUGCUUUUGAAAGAAUAGAUGUAUACAUUUGGUAAGAGCUCAAAUAUAAAAUAGUCUUUAAAGUAUCAGAAGAAAUAUAAUCUAUUUUGGGCAUCAGUAUUAUUCAAAAGUUUUUCUCAUCUUGCGACUUCAGACAAAGCAAGUAGCACAAUUUGCUUUUGAUUAAUUUUCUUCUGCUUUAAAUUUGAUUUGUUUAUCAGCAGUGAUUUUUUAUGUACUUAUGUGCAUUUACCCUUAAAAGUAAACAAAGAAUGGAUAUUAAGUACAACUAUUGUUUUGUAAAUCAGUAUAUUUUGCAAUUAAUGUGGAAUAAGUGAUAGCAUAUUUUCCUGCUGUAAUUUAAAUGUAUGAGCAAUAUCUGGUUAACAGCAUAUUAAUUAAACUUGUCAAUUCUUACAAAGCAGGCUGCCCGUCUGAAUAUUAGCUGCCCAUAUUUUAAGGAUAGUGUGAAAACCCCCGUGUGAAGAACUAUUACUGUUGCCACUAUGCAAACCCUUCAUACUUGGUACACAUCAGAUAGGUUAUGUAAGAAGCUAGAAUUUACAGUAGCUACGCAGUGUGCUUUGCUCUAUCCGUUCUCCUGGAGAUUAUCAACUUACACUUACCUGUACAGUGCCAAGAGGAGCGGAGCAUCAUCCUUGCUUAAGAUGCUCCUGUAAUAUAAUAGAUAAAAUAUGUGCAAACCAAGCCAUUUCUUGGGCAAUUUCCUGAGUUUUGUUAACAGAUUCUUUAAAGUAACUACAGUAAAAGCAAUUAUCUGUGAUGUGUUAAUGUAAUGGCCGUGCAUUUGUAGAGCUGUGUAAGGACAGGCAACGACUUUAAUUGCAGUCUCUCACCAGUGGAGCGAGUAUUUGUAUAGUGGGCAAGUGUAACUGUUGUUGCUGUUACUACACAUAUUAUUCUAAAGAUUAUUAUUACUAUUAUUUUUGUAUCUUAGUCAAUGUAUUAGAAAUUUAUUAGAGAUCUGGUGACAGCUAUUUCAAAAUAAUUUUUGUCAUUUGCUUACAUGUGUAUUUAUUAGGAUGUAACAUUUAGCAUGUGUCGGUGUUGUGUUGGAUGAUGUUCCCCUACAGUGUUUGACCAACAGUGAAUGCUUUGGUGUUUUGUACAAUGCAUUAUUUGAUCUUAAAUUCCCUUCCAUAAACAGUGCUUGAAA